ACUACAUGUUUAGAUAAUUUUCCUGGAUUCAAUAUUGAUAAAGAUUGCAUUAUGCUUCUUCUUUAUGUGGCAUGCAUCACUGUCAUAGGAUAUAAUGUGCUAGCAAUAUGCUUGAAUGUUAUAGGACAAAACUGCUGCUUUGGACACAGUUGGGAUGAAAAAAAUCAAACAUGCAUUCAAUGUAAACCAGGCUUUUAUGGAGAAAAAUGUGAGGAAAAAUGCAGAUUUCCUAACUUUGGAUUGGAAUGCCAGGGGGAGUGUUUAUGUACUGCCGAAUUUUGCAAUGCAACUGUCGGCUGUAUUAUUCCUAACAGUCCUCCUACGAUGACAAAUGUUUUUAAGGCAUUUGAACAAUCCACAUAUGCCACUCAAAUUACAACAGAAGAUGAUAAUCCAGUUCAGAAUUCUCUGAAAAGUAAUUCAUGGCUAAUAGGUUUUUCCAGCUCUCUUAGUUCUAUUUUGAUUUUAUUUUCCUUUGCCCUUCUAUAUUAUGGGAUAAGGCAAAAAUUGAAAAAAUCGGUUGAAAGAGGAAGAAGUAAGAGGAAUACACAUAUACACAUGGUAAAACAAAAUUCGUCAGAAUCCUAUAUGUGUGUUCAGAAAGGAAAUGUCGCAAGCAAACCUCAAUAUAAUGAACAUUUGAAUGAAACCACAAAAGACGAUCAGGAACGAGAAACUAUAUAUCAGGAUAUCCAAGAAUUUUCAGAUAAGAUUGAAGUUUACAAUGACAAAAAUCUUCAGAAAGAAAUUAUCUCUUCGGAAUCUUCUUUUGCCAGCGAUACAUACUUAAGUCCUCAAUGUGCAGUACAACAUGUUUAUGUUGAAGUUAUCGAAAAUGGUGAAGAUGAAACCGGUGAUACUAAGCUAGAAAAAGUGAAAUGUAAUGAAGAAAGGCACGGAAAAAAUCGGUUUCUGUGUCAAUCAGAAAUCGUUGCAAGUGAGUCCGAAAUCACAGAUAAUACCUAUCUUUUUGCCAUUUAGAUAUUUAAAACCUAAUAAAAAAGACAACUUUCGUCAAGAGAUCAAAUGUUAUGUUUAUCACUGUUUACUAACAACUCUCAUAUUCGUUGGUUGGUUAGAAUGUCGCUACUAAUAUUUUUGAAAAGAUUGAUUGAUUGUAUAUUGUUUAACGUCCCUCUCGAGAAUUUUUC